CGAUCUUAAUUGUUGAAUUAUUAUGUUUAUUCUUGUGCUACAAUGGAGUACCACUCAGCGUCAAUGCUGAGCGGAUAGCGUUGUUUUCUUUUGCUGUCCGUAGGUGAUCAGACAGAUGAACCUAGAGCCGAUCCCAGAGGGCAUUGAGGAGGAGAUGUACGAUGGCGUGGCUGUCUCUUUAAUCUGUUGAUUAUGCUUUAUUUAAUUAACUUUAAUGCUUAUUACGUUUUCGGGCAAGAUCCCAAGUUGUUUGACUUUAAAAAGGCUUCCGCAUUAUUUUAAAUUACUCCGAUGGAUUUUUAUAUGUAUUGAUAGAACGUGAAACAUUAGAAGACGAUGGAUCAAGUAGUCCCGCACCAGUUGAUCAUUAUGCUGAUGAUGAUGAAGUACUGGUGGAGGAGCAGCUGGACCGUCCACGGAGGAACGGUCAGCCGGAAGAAGGUGGAAAAGCAGCUGAGCUACCGGCGGUCGACCCGAUGGACCGUUCUGAUGUCCACGGUCGACCGCCAUCGAGGCAGAAAGGUGGAACCCUGGGAGAUCAACCAACGGUCGACUCGGUGGACCGUUCUGAGAGACACGGUGGACCGUCCGCGGGGGCAGAGAGACAGACUUCAGGGAGAUGAAGAAACGGUCGACCGUGAUGACAACAACGGUCGACCGUCCCCAAGGCAGAAAGGAGGCAGUGAGGAACCAUCACAGACGGUCGAUCCCGUGGACCGUUCCACGGAUGGUGGUCGACCGUCCUCAUCCCAACAACCAACAGAAACCUUGGGGCGUGGUCAACGGGAAAGGAGGCCAAAUGUGAGGCUUGCGGACUAUGUCACACAUGUGGCCUGUCCACUUACUGAGGGAAAUCGUGCUAGCCACGGUAAUUCUCGACCGUCUCCCUCCUUCCCAUUAACAACUGGUGCUUUCAGAUACCUGAAGGCUGGGCAGCCUUCAGGUAUCUCCACGCCAGCUCACACAAACCCGCCCAAACCACCAGACAACCGGGCUGUCAAUUCCUUACCCGUCGUACGGUUAACCAACGCUGAAAAGGCCGAACGAGGGAAGAAAGGUCUGUGUUGGUUCUGCGAGGAAAAAUGGGAUCCCACUCAUCACUGCAAACGUCGUUUUCUCGCUCUUAUGGGGCCGGAUGAUGAGGACAUGGCGGCCGGUGCGGAACCCGACGAGCACCCUAUCACGGAGGAUUUGGUUAUUACGGGUGAUAUCUCAAGUUUGCACUCUUUGGCAGGGAGUCCUAGCCCACGUUCCCUCCGCCUUACCGGUAACAUUAACAAUUCCCCGGUGCAUGUUUUGUUGGACGGUGGUAGCACCCAUAAUUUCAUUCACCCCACCGUUGCAGAGAAGCUUUCACUAGUGCUGUAUCCUGUACCGCCCUUUCGAGUCUACGUCGGAAACGGGGAGUCCCUUCGGUGCUCAUAUUCUUGCCCCCAAACUGCCGUCGCAUUGCAAGGCCACAUAUUUGCAAUCGACCUCUAUCUACUGGAGAUCCAUGGGCCGGAAGUGGUGCUAGGCGUACAAUGGCUCCAAACUCUUGGCAAGGUUUCUCAUGACUACGCUAAUCUUACCAUGGAAUUCACUUGGAAUGGGGCGACAGUACAACUCCGGGGUGAUGCCCCAGCCCCCAAGCCGAUCUCCUAUGGGCAUUUAUGUUCUUUGGUGGCGACCCAGCAGCCGCUAGAAUUCUACGAGCUAGUGCCAGCACCUCCGGACACCCUCCCAGCCUCGGCAGCCCCAGAGUUCCCUUCGGACGUGCCGGCCUCUAUCACCACGAUUCUGCAGACCCAUGCUGCUAUUUUUGCCACUCCCACGACCUUACCUCCGGCACGAGACACAGCCUAUCACCCACAAACCGACGGUCAGACGGAGGUGACAAACAGAGGGCUUGAACAAUACUUACGAGCAUUCACUUUCGACCGGCCGACAAAGUGGGCAGCCCUCCUCCCGUGGGCUGAACUAGCUCUCAAUUGUAGCCGGCAUGAGGGCCUCAAAGUUUCUCCCUUUCAAGCUCUCUACGGACGUGAACCACCACACGUGUUUGCUACCCCCUCCGUCCGCUCCAAAGUGCCCGUUAUUGAGGAAAUUCUUAUUGAAAGAGCAGUUGUUUUGGAGGAAUUGAAGGACAACCUUCGGAGAGUGCAGCAGCGUAUGCGGGCUUCUGCCAAUAUGCAUCGUCGGGACGUAUCCUUUCAGGUAGGUGAUUUGGUCCUCCUCAAGCUCCAACCAUAUCGUCAACACUCCGUUGCCAAACCUAAGUCUGCAAAGCUCGCCCGGCGCUAUUACGGCCCUUUCGAAGUUGUGGAGCGUGUGGGACAGGUAGCUUAUCGCCUGCGCCUGCCCGAGGGGUGUCGCAUCCAUGAUGUUUUUCACGUCUCUCUCCUACGGCCGUUCGUGACUCCGGCCACCGGCGUACCCACCCCAACAUGGCCAGAAGAAUUUGUCCAGAAUCACCCCCUCUCGGUUCCAGUGGCAGCCCUGCGCAGUCGCACCAUACUCGUCGACGGCGAUCCUCAAGAGCAAUGGUUAAUUCGACGGUCCGACGACACCGACGAUGACUCCACGUGGGAACCAGUACAUAUGCUCCGAGACCAUUUUCCAACUCUCCGCCUUGAGGACAAGGCGAAUUCCGACAGCGGGGGAGUUGAUACGGGCCUAGAACAUGCAACCCAUAAUGUAGACGAAGAACCCGAAGAACCCGAGUCCCCAAGGGUAAAAAACAAAAUGCAUGCUAAAUUUGGGGUUUUCUUGUUCCUCACCGUAUCCUUAUUUACUAUUCUGACGCCGCCCCAAGUGGCGGCAGAGUAUGUGCCGCCACCGGCGAACCUUGUGGUUGGGAGCGGACCCGGAAACAUCCGGACCAUAACGGAGGCCAUCGCCAUUGCGGCCCAAACGAGGGAUUGGCGCCAAAGGUUUGUUAUUAAAAUAAUGGCCGGAGUUUACAAUGAGAAUGUCGUUAUCGACUCUUUUCUCCCGGACCUCACUCUGGUCGGAGAGGGGAAGGGCGUGACUAUAAUCACCGGCCAACGGAGCGUUUAUGGCUUUGGCGGCGGAUCGACGUUCCACACCGCAACCUUUGCUGUUGAUGCCAUUGGGUUUGUAGCUUGGGGCAUAACAUUCCAGAACACGGCUGGUCGAGACAAAGGACCAGCGGUGGCCGUUCGGGUAAGGGCGGAUCAAGUUGCGUUCCACGAGUGCUCCAUCGAAGGCUACCAAGACACGCUCUACCUCUUCGAAGGGCGACAGUUCUACAAAAAAUGCGACAUCUACGGCACAAUCGAUUUCAUCUUUGGAAACGGCAAAGCCGUGUUCCAGGACUGCAACAUCUACGCGAGGAACCCCGGCCUCUACAAGGACGUUGUGAUCACGGCGUCGAAGCGCGAGGGGCCUACGGAGGACACGGGGAUCGUGAUACAGAGCUCGUGGGUGACGACGGAUCCCGCAGAGGACCUAAGGGGGACGGAGGCAUACUUGGGGAGGCCGUGGGGGACGCAGUCACGCACCGUUUUUAUCGAGACUACGAUCGAUUCUUUCAUAAAUCCGGCAGGGUGGGAGUGGUGGGACGGCAGGCAUCCAUCUUUAACGAGCCGCGUCUACUAUGCGGAGUAUGGGAACAAGGGGCCCGGUUCGGGGACGGCGGGGAGAGUGAGGUGGGAUGGGUUCCACCAGCUCACUACGCCGGGGGAAGUUUUGCCGUUCACCGUCGGCGUGUUUCUUGACGGCGACUCUUGGUUGCCCUUUGCCGGUGUGCCUUACCGAUCCGGUCUCUAAUCUAAUCUGAUCUAGGCAAUGUCUUUUUUCUUGUAAAAAUUGCUCUAAGACUCCAAAAUACUCUCUCCCUCUUGUAUCUUUGGAAAAAUCAUCUCGCAUGUAUGCGAGUUUUGGUCACCGUUAAGAAACUAACGGCCACUUA